AGUCGUAGCUUGAUACACGUUUUAUUCCCAAGUGGUAUAUGAUCAGUGAUGGCUGCUAAUCUUUAAAAAGUAUUAAUUGAAACUCUUCCUUUGAUUUUUCCAAUUGCAAAACAAUCUCAUCAUCUCUAUAAAUUCAUCAUCAAAUAUUUCACUCUCCACACCAUUAACGAAUCACAACACCAAAUCACUCAAAAUUUGAUAGCCAAUUUCCCCCCCAAAACAAUAAAUGGAUAUCAAAGUUGAAACUCCAGCUGCUGCCCCAAGCCAAAAUGAUCAAAAGACACCUCUUUUGACACCAAAGACACCAACCAAUUCCUCCUCCGAUGAUGAUCAAAAUUCAGCUAUAAGGAAAGCUAUAAGCUCAACAUUCAAAGGCACAGCCUACUUAGCCAGCCGUCUUCCGACCGGAACCGUCCUAACUUUCCAGCUCUUGACUCCGAUUCUAUCCAACCACGGCGUCUGCGACGACGCCACGCGGAUCAUGACCGCCGUGCUCCUGGCGCUUUGCGGGUUAUCUUGUUUUGUGCUAAGUUUCACCGACAGUUACAAGGACGCGACCGGAAAAGUGAUUUAUGGGUUCGCGACGUUCCGAGGGUUCUACGCGAUUGACAGGAGCGUGAGUGUUCCCCCUGAGGAAGCUAAGAAGAGGAAGAUCAGCGCUUUGGAUUUCUUGCAAGCUUUUCUUUCAUUGUUGGUUUUCGCUACCAUCGCGCUUCUUGAUAGUAAUGUUGUGAACUGCUUUUACACUAAGCCUUCGGUUGAGAUGGGAGAGGUUCUCAACUCGCUUCCUAUUGCCAAUGGUGUGAUUUGUAGCGUGUUGAUUGUGACAUUUCCUACUCAGAGGCACGGCAUUGACCGAUCUGCUCCGACUCCUUAAACAUUAUAUUACCAAGACAAGAUCAUGAUUCUUGAUUAAUUAGUUGCCUUUUGAAUUCAAUUUUAGUAAAGUUUGUUAGAUCAUAAAGAGUGUAAGUGUCUGCAUCUCUCUCAAUGAUGCGGAUUUUCAAUGUUGUAAUAACUUGCAAGUUUAUAAUUGUAAGUAGUGAUGAUGGAGUUUUGAUUUUGUUGAGUGAUUUUCAUUUUUAUUUUUUUUUUUGUGUUGUGUAAUUUCUUUUGGUCUUUUAAUGGUGAUGCCAAUGGAUAUACAUAUUGACUAAAAUGAUUGUGCCUUAAUUUCUUGCAUCUUAUCCUCGCCAAUAGUCACUACUGUGCAAGUGUAUAAGUUGAAUGGAAUAUGUAAUAAAAUACUA